AUGGCACACAUUUUGCCGCUGACAGUGGCAAAUAACCCCUUGCGGACUUUAUUCUUUGACGGGCUAAGAUCUGGAGGUUUAAAAGAAAACACAGAGCCCGAGGUCAUCAAGGAUCUCAAACUCUUAUGCCGCGAUCAGCCAGCAACCGCACACGAUGCUUUUCGAGCUCUUGUCAACAUUUCAGACUCUAAUCUCCUAGCCGGACCUCUAUCCGACCCGCUCUUCCUUGGUUUCCUUGUAUCCUACAUUCUGAACCCAUCUUCAGUCCUCUCUGAUCUGGCAUGUAUGCUGCUUUCCAAUAUUACCGCGCAGCCCGGGCCGUGUGCGGCCCUAUUAAAGCUAGAGGUUGACAUAAUACCCUUGGAUAACGACACAUCCAAAGGCUACUAUCCCAUACAAUCUCGUUGUGCGACUUCUCCACCCCCAGGCAAUUACCCUUCGAGCAAGCCCAUCAAAGAGAGAGCCCUAUCAUUGCUAGUCGAGGCCUUUGCUGGCUCAGCGUCGAUAAAAAAGGAGGAUUCGGAUCGAAAGGGUCAACUACACUUCCUUGCCGGUGUCUUUGCCAACAUCAGUGGUCAACCAGAUGGUCGACAGUUUUUCCUAACACCCCAAAGGAUAUUUUCAACUCCCCAGGAUGGCGUAUUAGAGGCGCCAUUAGCUCAACUACUGCCAUUCACUGAGCAUCCCGAUAUAAUACGCCGAGGAGGAGUCGCUUCUACGAUCAAGAACUGCGCUUUCAUCCAAGAAGCCCAUAAAGCUUUACUCUCGUCCGACAAAGAGGUCUUUCGCUUGACUUUUGCGGAUGAGGUCCCCGGUCUCAAUGUUCUACCGCGUAUACUGCUGCCUCUAGCUGGACCGGAAGAGUUUGAACUCGAGGAUGUCGAGCUACUCCUUCCCGAACUCCAGUUUCUACCCUCAACCAAAGCUCGAGAGUCAGAUCCAGUACUGCGGGUCACACAUUUAGAGACACUCAUCCUGCUGUGCACCAGUCGUUGGGGACGCGACAUCCAGCGGCAGAGUGGCGUGUACGAGAUUAUCAGAAUGAUGCACGAAACUGAAACAGACGACAACGUCAUCACACACGUUGAACGCCUGGUAAACCUGCUCAAACGGGACGAAGCUCCAGAGACCCAGUCCGCAUCGAUCACCAAGGCAGACGAGAGCGAUGAUGACGACAAGAUUGUCGAGGUCUAG